ACGUCAGUCUUCUGUCUCAGACUCGCGCGUGACGACACAGUGCAGAAACCUCGCGCUCGAAACAAGGUCAGGAACUCCCUCAAAGUCAGAAAAAGUCGUUCUGUAAGUGAAAAAGUGGAAGAAAUGGCCGAAGAAAAGGAAUCGACGUCCAUUCCUCUGAGUCUAGCUGAAAAUGGUGGCGAGGAUCCAACCAAGUCUACCCCUAGCUCCCCCAACAACUCCUCCACUCGCAAGGCUUGCUGUUUUGUUCUUCAGAUUUGGGUCUCGAAGAAGUUUAUGACUGGAUGUGUAGUUCUUUUCCCCGUUGCAGUUACAUUUUUUGUUACUUGGUGGUUUAUUCAAUUUGUUGAUGGUUUCUUCAGUCCAGUAUAUGCCCAGCUUGGCAUUGACAUAUUCGGGCUUGGGUUUAUCACAUCUUUACUUUUUGUAUUCUUUGUUGGUGUUUUUGUUUCAUCCUGGAUUGGUAGCACUCUUUUCUCACUUGGAGAAUGGUUCAUAAAGCGAAUGCCUUUCAUCCGACAUUUAUACUCGGCCUCCAAACAAAUUAGUGCUGCAAUUUCUCCAGACCAAAACACCACAGCUUUUAAAGAGGUAGCAAUUAUUCGUCACCCCCGUGUUGGUGAAUAUGCCUUUGGUUUCAUCACAUCAAGUGUCACCCUUCAGGGAGAUAAUGAAGACGAAGAGUUAUGUAGUGUUUUUGUCCCAACAAACCAUCUCUACAUUGGUGAUAUAUUGCUAGUCAACUCCAAAGAGAUCAUUAGACCAAAUCUUUCUAUCCGAGAAGGCAUAGAUGUAUUGAAAUGAGUGGAAGCAGCUCAAUGGAGUGCCUUCCUUCACUCUAAAUAAUAGAUAAUUGUUUCUGGGGGUAUGACAAUGCCGCAAACAAUUUCAGCUUUGGAAAUGGUUACUCGGCAGAAUGAUAGAAUCCCUUUGAACAGAAUAGCCUAGUGAGAUCAAAGAAGGGCAUGCCUGGAAACAUUGUAACUAGUCAAAUCCCAGAACUAUAUGCGAGCGUAAAAGUCUUGUUUGAUGAUAGGAAUGCUGAGAUUACGUGGGUUCAUUCAUAAUUUCACAUCAGUAGGGUUCAGGAUAAAUCUUUACCAUGUAUGCUUUAUGUUUUUAGUAGCAGAAUUUAUAUAUGGUGGUAAAAAUUAAUUUUUGGUGUCUGGAGGGAAUGGUGUCGGGGCAGCUGCUGCUCAUCUUCUUUGGUAUAUUUGUAUAACAUGAUUGUAUUGGCUUUUCUGUCAUCUUUGUGCUCGAAAAAGAGAGAAUAAUAAUAUUGGAAACUUGACAAUAAA